AUGGUCGGCAAAGGACUGGCGAACACUGGGAUCAACUGCAAAUUAUGCGUUACGGUGCAGAAAUUCCCUGUGACCGCUGACAACCCUCGACCCUCGCGUGGAAACUUUGCCCUACUCGGGCUGGGAGCUAUAAAUGCUGCCCAAUUUCAGCUUUCCGGUCCAACGCGUCGCCAGUCUUUGCCUUCUCGCUACUUUACUCGAAUUUCUCUCUGUGUCUCUUGCCUCGCCGCCAUCAUGCCAGCUCUCGCUGUCCGUCGUCGACUCCGCUCACAAGUAGUUCUAACAACAGAACCCACUGCUCGUGAACGAUGCCUCUCCGCUGGCCAUGACGUCUUGAUUCGCAUCCUGAUGUUUUUGUUCAGCGUGAACAAGGGCUGGCGCGGUGUCGCCUACAUGAAACGGGUGUCUCGCUUGGUCUCCCGUGGGUGGCAAUUAACCGUGGACCACAAUCCCACUCUCUGGAGCCAUAUCCACCUUGCUGUCUGUAUGGGACCCCGCUACGUUGCGCGGGUAUUCGAAAACGCUCGCGACACCCAAAAAACGGUCGUCUUCACUUUGGCCACAAAUCUUCACGCAAACGAUGUGCCAUACCGUCAUCCAUUCUUCACUCUUGCUCUUGCGACGGCAAUUCGGACACAUGCAAAAACGAUCCGUCGUAUCUCCGUGACUAUCGACAACUCCAUCGACUGGAAUGCUCUUGUUGACCGCAUCGGACCCAUCGCAUUUCCUUCCCUCAUCUCUCUCUCCGUUCGAGCUUCCCGCAGUCGCGGUCGGAUCGACUCUCCUGGAAUCCUGUCUUUCGCAGAUCCGGAAUAUACCCCAGCUCUCCGCGAAGUCUCUUUCAGGGCAAUCACACAUCUUUAUGCCCUUACUUCGCUUUCUUCACAACUCACGUCCCUGGCGUUAACCGGAUCGGCAGAACUCGCGAUAGGGAGAAGUAUGGGCAACCCGCGGAGUGUUGGUCAAAUCAUUCUCCACGCACUUGAGGAGUGCCCCCAGCUUACUUGCCUCCGCCUCUCUGACGUGGACUCUGCCCGUGACCACGAUUUACACCAUGUGAAGCUCCUCAACCUUCGGUCUCUGAACUAUUCCUGCACCUGGACCGAUGUGCGAUGCAGUCAUCGCUGCGGUGGGGUGAUUUCACAUCUCGAAACCCCGCUGCUCGAAUCCUUGGCGGUCUUUAUCGCUCAUGGCGAUGGCGCGGAGCAUUUCAUUGGGGUGAACGGGGACAAGCUUCGUGUUGCACAGGAGCUUCAACUUGGCGGUCAUUGGAUGCAUUUUGGCGCCGUCUUGUCUUUGCGACUGAUGACCCGGGUUCAGGUCCUCGAUUUCACUGGAGUUCACGUUGGUUACGGUGCUUGCGAUUGGGAGUCCUUUGGCCGUUUUGCCCUCCGCUGCACAACUUUGCCGUUGAUCCAAGUUAUUCGACUCCCCUGCCACGACAUCCUGACCCAUGCCAUCGAAUUCCACUACCUUCGAACUCAGUUGAUUGCCAGCGGCGGUCGCAAGCGUCGUAUCGAAGUCAAGGCGAUGGACGGCUCUGCAUACUCUGAUCUCCCUUGUACUUUUUUCUGCUCUCAAACGGUCCAUACUUCUAUGUGCACGCACUGCCUUGAUUUCCACACCAAUCCGCAUCCUCCCCUCGAUUAUACUUUAAUGUACUGUAAAAUCACGCACAUUUGA